UUCAAUACGACUUCAUUAUCAAAUAGAAAAACGAAAAAAAAAGAAAAAAAAACUAUAGAAUACGACUAAUCAUAUAAUUGUGUAUAAGUGUGAAAUAUAAAUUUCAAGGUGACCACCUUCCACCUUCCUCGAAGUUUUUUAUAAAGAAGCAGAUGGUGAAGCCACAGUUAGCCAAUGAACAGGAAACGAGUGUUUCAAAUUUCAAUUGUCAAACCAACGUCCCUGGCACGCAAGUGAAUGCUAUCUUUUCUCUCUAUUGUUUUCUUGAUAUAUAUAUAUAUAAAUAUAUUGUCAAGUGUCAAGGCCAGCCCAUUAAAGCCCCAUUAAUCCAAGAUGAGUUUGCUCAGGCAUGAAAGAGUAUGAUGGUAUAGUGGUCUAACUCUUAAGAGAUCACCCUGGAUCCUGAGUUCUAAUUCACCAUUGGUCUUAGCACUGCUUUUCUAGAUGUCACCCAGAACUGUAUAGGGGCCAUCUGGUGCAGACCCAGUAAAUCAGUCCUCGAUCAAAGGGAAGACCAGUAUGAUAGCUUUUACAUGGUGUUAUGCAGAAGUGCCAGCACAGAGCAGUAGUUGAGGGUUGCAGUGGAUAGAACUUCUCCAAUAAUUUCAUUACUCUGAUUCUCUCAACCGUGCAACAACCCUCACUAAUUCUUUGAAGCAACAUUUCCUCCUAGAAAGUUCUCUCCUCUGUAAGUGGAAUUCCUGAUCGCAAGGAAUCUAUACUGCUAGAGCUUUUCUCCUGCAUAAUUGUACUCAAAACUAGUAAGAUAUUUUAAUUUGUGUCUGUGUGAUUAUAUUCUGCACUUGUUCAUUUUAUUAUUUCUAUAAUUGUUGAUCCACCAUAUGUUCUCCAAUUUUGACAGUAUGUGUAGCAUCAUGGAUUUCUUUGGACCAAUUUGGGCAAUUGGAAACUGUUUAUGGGUUCCUAUCAAACGUCGAAUUAACUAUGUAAAAGACCUUAGAGGAAAUUUCCAAAUACUUAACAAGGAAGUGCAGUACCUCUAUAACAGGAAGGCAGAUAUAGAAUGCGAGAUAAACAGAGACAUGGUUUCAAAAAUGGUGACAAAUGAAUGUAAAGCUUGGCUUGAAAAAGUAAGGGAGGUCGAAAUUAAAAUGGAUGUGAUUGAAGCAGAGUUGAAAGAAAACAAGAAAUGUCUCAGUGGAUGGUGCCCAUGGCCCAACAUUUGUUGGCGCAAGAAGGUAGGCAGAUGUAUAGUUCAAGUUCUAGAUGAUGUUGCAAGGCUGAAAGAGGAAUCCGAAUUCGGGGGUGGAGUGGUGGUUGAUGCACCUCUAAAGGCAGUUGAGAAGUUACCUUCUUCAGUGGCAGAGGGAAACACAUCCACUGAUCGCACUGUGAGAAAGAUAUUAGACUGCAUAAAAGAUGACAGAGUUCAAAAAAUUGGGGUCUGGGGAAUGGGUGGGGUUGGCAAGACACGGGUUUUGAAGAUUGUGAACAACCUACCUGAUAUAUGUCAGAUGUUUCAAAUUGUCAUUUGGGUCACUGUUUCCAGCAAUUGCAGUCUACGGAAGGUCCAAAAUGAGAUUGCACAGCGAUUGUCACUGAAUUUGGCUGGUGAGUCAGAUGAAAGAAUUGCAAGGAAAUUAUGGAAGCAUUUAGAAGCCAAGAAGUACUUGUUAUUGUUGGAUGACCUUUGGGAGAGAAUAGAUUUGGAAGCUGUAGGAGUCCCAAAUCCAAGUAAGGAAAAUGGGUGCAAGAUAGUAUUGACAUCUCGUUCCUUAGAUGUUUGUAAUAAGAUGGAGACUAAUAAGGAAAUCAAGGUUGAAAUCUUAUCCAAUGAAGAGGCAUGGAAGCUAUUUCAUGAAAAAGUUGGUGGUGUAGUGGAUUUUCCUGGUAUAACGCAAAUAGCUCGAUGUGUGGUUGAUGAGUGCCGUGGUUUGCCACUUGCAAUUCUUGUAAUUGGAGGUUCCUUGAGGAAUGAGAAUGAUGUUCGUGUAUGGAGGAAUGCCCUGAAAGAGUUGAGUUCAGCUAAAUAUGAGAUUAUUGAUGAUAUAGAAGACUCGGUGUUCAAUAAAUUGAAGUUCAGUUAUGACCAAUUAAGCAGCGAAAAUGUGAAGAAUUGCUUCUUAUAUGCAGCAUUGUACCCAGAAGACUUUGAAAUUCCAGUAGCCGAACUAAUAGAACACUUGUUAUGGGAAGGAUUUAUAACUGAAGGUGAGAAAACAUGGAAGAGGCACAAGAUAAAGGGCAUGCGAUAGUAAAUCGCUUGGUAAAUGCUUCUUUGUUAGAAAGGAUUGAGAGAGAGCAUCAAUUGAAUGUCAAGAUGCAUGAUGUGAUUAGAGAUCUAGCACUAAGAAUUACAUCACCAUCACCAUCACCAUCACCAUCACCAUCACCAUCACCAUCACCAUCUCUUCAUGAUGGCAGAAACCAUGGUCAUCGCUUCUUGGUGAGAGCAGGUAGGAGAACAGAUGAUCCACCAGACAGAGAAGAAUGGAAGCAUGUGCACAAGAUCUCAUUGAUGCAAAGUGGGAUUUGGAGACUACCUGAGGCACCUGAAUGUACCUCCCUCCUUACCUUAUUGCUGCAGAACAAUUAUGAUUUAGAGACAAUCCCAGAAUCAUUCUUUGAGCACAUGCACAAUCUUCGAGUCCUGAAUUUAUCCCUUACUUCUGUCCAGGAGCUACCAUCAUCUUUUUGCAAGCUAGAAAGCCUUCAAGUACUGAACCUAUCAGGCACUUCUAUCCAAGAGCUACCAUCAUCUUUCUCCAAGCUAGAAAGCCUUCGAGUCCUGAAUUUAUCAGAAACUGCUAUCCAUGAGUUGCGACCAUCUCUUUUCAAACUAUCAAACCUCCAAGUCCUGAACCUAUCAAUGACCAAGAUCCGGGAAUUGCCUUAAUCUUUUCCCAA